AUGGACAGCAAGUCUAGGAAGUCAAAUGGUAAUCGAUUGUUCAUUCCCAUUUUCAGUAGUAUGUUUGCUUUGAUCAUCAGCUUCGCUGUAAUGCUAUUAGUUGGCCUGACUGGAAGCGAUAGCAACGUAGAGGUGCUCCCAGAUGAAUGUGACUGCCGCGAUUGGUAUGGAAUUUGCUGGAAAGACGGCGAUACAUGGAUUGACGACGACACGUGGGGCAAUAUAUUCUGCAAACUAUUGUUGGCAGCAGAAACCGACGGAAAAUUUGUCGGAUGUGAAGUUGGGACUCCGCCCAAGGAGACUGUAAAGGUUGGAGAGAAUCGAACCGUAGGAUUGCUGUGGCACAGUUGUGAAGCAAAUGAGCAACGUCUGAAAUAUGAUUCAGAACCUCACUGUCUUGUCAAUGGUUCGGUCAAGAAGGUUCGUUCGGAAUUCCGCGAUGGCCGUUUCCAGUGGUUGUGUCUAGAGACUGGGCGAUGGGUGGUCGGCUGCUACUAUGCAAAUGAAACACAUCCGGAUGUAUACUUGAAGAUUGGUGAGCACGGAUACAACGGGUUGAUUAAGCACGUUUGUGAUCGGUACAAGGACUACCCUGGACGAGUGCAGUACUACGCUGAAGUACGCAAAGAUGUGCACGUGAAGCAUCCAACAAACAAAGGAAUCAAUAAGAAUUUUCCUGAACCAGCAGAUUUACGAAUAAAGGACAAGAGUAGCUAUGGCAACAAAAUGAGAGCCAAUUCGACUUUAUCGUCUCUUACCUACAGUUAA